ACAUAUUUAUAUUACCUGUGUUACCGGCCGUAGUAAGUAUAAUUUUGUUGGUUAUUUAUAUUAUUUCAUUAAUUUUAAUUAAUUUUGGGUCGUCCAAAAUAUAAAAUAUUAUAUACCUACCUAUAGUUUGGUAAAUUGGCUUGAUUAUUUUCAUUCAACAUCACUUGUUCGUAGUGUAUGUUUGUGGUUUUAAACACUUAUUAAACAAUAGUUUGAAAAUGUUCGACACCGAAAAAUUUAUUAUGUUGAUUGAAAGUAAUCCUUGCCUAUGGGAUAUAGCGAGCAAAGAUUACAUGGACAAAAAUGUAAAAAAUACAUGUUGGCGUAAUGUAGCAGAAUCAAUGUACAUUGGAAACUGGUGUGAACUUUCGGAUACCCAAAAAGACGAAUAUGUUAAAGAACUUCGAGAUAAGAAAUGGAAGAAUAUCAAGGAUAAUUAUAAAAAAAACAUAAGUGAAGAAAAAAAUGUGAGAAGUGGAUCCGCGGCACAGAAAAAAAAACCAUAUGCUUUUAUGGCGGCAUUGUCAUUUUUACAGAACUGUUCAAAUAAGAGAAAGACAACCAGUAGUAUGCAGGAAGACGAAAUUGACGUAUGCAACGAUGAUUCUUUGGCUAAUUAUAGUUGUGUUGACGGUAAUGCUACAGAAUGUGAGCCAUCAACUUCGUCAACUCUAAAACAACCAUCGGAACAUUCGAAGCAAAGCAAAAAAAAAAAAUCUAAUGAAAACAAUGGUUCUUUUCAACAAGAACUGCUUCAGUUUUUACAUAGAACAGAAAAUACAGAUCCAGAUAAAAUUAUGCUUAAUUCUUUUUUACCAUACGUAAAAAAAUUAAAUAAUACACAGAAAUUAGAUUUUCAAUUAUAUGUAUUACAGUAUUUUAAAAAUCUCGAGGUAAAUAGUAAUAUUCAGGCUUCAUCUCAAACUAAUCAUGUAAUAACAAAUCCAUAUAAUUCUUUUGCUCAGUAUUAUAAUCCUAACGCAGUCACACAAUCUUUUUAUCCUUCACAAAAUGCUCCUACUGAUCCUAAUACCCCACAGUUAACUUUUCCACAGAAUAAUUAUGAUUAUUUAAAUUACCCUCAUACUCAAAAUCAUUCUCCAAACGAUCAUGAAUAAAUAAUGUUUUUAUUAUAUAGCUUUAAGUAUCAAA